AUGGGUGACCGGUUGAAACAGCAGGAGCUUGUGUUUGGAGCUCUUGAUGACGAAGAGCCGCCUUAUACGCAACGACAGGCCCGAGGGGUCACCAUGGCUGGAACGGUAGCAGGAGCAGCUAUGGGAGGCCCUGUGGCGGCCUUGUCGAUUGCAGCAGUUUUGUAUAUGAUUGUUAGGACUGAAGGGGGGGUAGGUGAUGCCGCGAGAAACAUUGGUGACGCAACCGCGAAUCUGACCGAAAAAAUCGAUACAGCCGUCGACAAGACUGUCAAAAGGGUCUCGCAAAAAGCUCGUGAUACCCGUCGCUCCAUCGGUCAAAGGAUCUCUUCGUGGGCCAGAGGACAACACAGAGACAGAUCAUCGCUGAGAGCUAAUCUCUCUAGACGGCGGCGCUCUCGAAGCUCAUCGCGUGAACGGGCUUCUUCUUGGACCUACGCUGGAGGCGACGAUGGGCAGAUGCCGUUGGGUAGGACUCCUGAAUACAUGAGGUCUGCAUCAGAUGCUUUCCAUGACGAUGAUUCAUUAUCAGACGUUCACAAAAGUGUUUCAGAUUACUAUGAAAGAGCUCAUAAGAAGUCCCAUUCCAAGAAGAAGAAGACGAAGAAGACGAGAUCUCGUCCACGGGGUUUUGGUAGGAUAGACGGGCGGCACCACCGUUCUGUGGAUAAACACUCUACAGCAAUUGAACCGAAGAAGAAUUCGCAACCAAGUUUGUUGCGUCGCAUUGUUCAAAACACCAUCAAGGAGUAUUCUCUGUCAACUGAAGAUUUAAGAAGGAUUGCUCACUUCGUGGCAAGCCAGGUUCUGGCAGCUCUUGGCAACUGCUACCCAGUCGCGACGGUGAAGAGUUCUAGUCUGGGAGAGGCGGUUCGCGAGAAUGCAAUUACCUGCCGUGACUUCAAAUUGAUUGGUGACCACAUAUGUCAUGAAGUGGAAUCGGCAGUAAGCAGCAGCAAGCUGAUUCAGACGAACGCACUAUCCGAUACAGAGGUGGUCGACUUGGCCAAGCAGAUUGUGAACGAGAUCAUGACGACUGUUUCGAACUCAAACCUCAUCCACGACCAAAAACUGACUGCUAACGAAAUGAAAUCUCUUGCAUGGUACAUGAAACAACAGGCCGAGAUGCAUGCGUACGAUUCUGUUGUCAGCUCCAGCGUGGUCACGACGAUCCAUGAACAUAGUUUGAGCCGAAACGAAAUGAAGUCAUUGGCAUGCUUCGUGAAGAUUCAAGCUCAAACAGCUGUCACUACAAGCACGAGAUUUAGCAGCAACGCAAGAGAGUUUUCGAACAUUGCACGUGAAAUGCAAUCGAUCGGGGAUACUAUCGAAAGGAGUGGUGACUAUGAGUCAAAGGAAGACUACUCCUCCGCAUCCGACGACGUUGCUAGCUACGCCGACUCUCAUGCUGUUCCACCUUCUGAUUCCGACUCGGAGAGCCGAUUUGGCUUUGAACAGGACGACGAGUCUCGUGUCGAGAGUCGAUUUGGUUCCGAAAGAGACGAUGAGUCUCAAGUUGGAAGCCGCUAUGGCUGUGGCAAGGACGACGAGUCUCGCGUCGAGUGUCGAAAUGGUUUUGAACAGGAUGACGAAGAGUCUCGUGCUCCUUCUUGCUACUCAGAUCGUGGAAACGACUAUGACUCGAGGGCCGGCGAUUAUGAGUCUAGGGCAGGUGAUAAUGACUCACGGGCCAGUUCGCGGGCAAGUGAAGAUGAGUAUUCCAGGGCAAGUGACUACGAUUCGAGAGAUCGUAGUGACUACGAUUCAAGAGAUAGGAGUGACUACGAUUCAAGGGCCUCUUCGCGUGGGUCCUACAGUGACGGUAGCUACAGUCGCGACGAUGGUUAUAGCUACGACGGCAGUGGAUCAUAUGAUUCCAGAGGUUCUGGUAGUUACGACGACGUAAGCCUGAGAUCUGAUGAACGAUCCUACGAUAAAAAACCGCGACGUUCUCGAUACAGCAAGGAAGAAGAGAAGGUAGGCAUUGACGACAGUCUUCUAGACUUCGGUCCGGACGAACCUCUUGCGAACAACGUCCAAAUUGUGUUCGGUGCUGAUGAAAGCGAAGAUGAGUUCCAAGAUGCACAGGACGCCAAGGACGAGAGCGAUUUUGAAGACGCCGUGGAGGAAGAAGUUUUUGAAUUGGAGGUGCAAGGAAGCGCACUUGUUGAAGCGACAGAGGAAGAAAAGAAGGACGACGCAACUCCUCCAAUGUUUCAAAUCGAGAUCAUGCAGGAUCCGGAGGAGGCAAGAGAGCUGGCCUUGCACACCAUCGGGAAGCUGUUGUUAUCAUAG